GCUAGAAUUUUGCAAACAAGCCUUGACUCUUUUUGCUCUGAUCCUUUAACACCUAAUGGAGCAAAAUCCAUUUUCAGGCCCUGAGGACAACAACAACUUCCUCAAACCCCUUUAUCUGGAUAGGGAACAUGUUGUUAUUCCAAGGAGGUUUUUACGAGCCCAUCCAUAUGUGCUUGAGGAGCAAACUGCUAAUCUCACAGAUCCUGUUGGUAAUGUUUUCCAGACAAGAGUCAUGGGUCAUGGGAAUGAGAUUUGGUUUGAGGGUGGGUUUAAUUUGAUGCGUGAAACCCACCUCAUCGAGGGGACUGUAUACAUCCACUUCACACACGUUCAGGAAUCCUCAUUCAAUGUGCGUAUAUUUGAUGUUAGUCAAGUGGAGGUUGAUUAUGCAAACCCCAUACAACAACAUCAGCAAGUGGAAGACCCACUUGCCUGGAUUUCUGACCUUACAAGGCCUCUUUGUACUGGGAAGCAACCUUUGCCUAUUCCUGCAGCAGUUCUGGAUGAAUAUUUUCCCCAUCAUCCUGCGACAAUCAACAUUAUCUUACCAAGUGGUAUUAUGGACGUAUGGCAUCUGAUUUGGGAUGGGAAGAGGACGCGACAAUGCUGCAUUGGACAUGGAUGGUAUCAGUAUUGUAGAGCUAAACGUCUUAGUUCAACAGCUCAUUUGCAAUUCUAUAAGCGUCCUCAAGCGGAUACAUUUAAAAUGGUUGUUAGUUGAACCUAAGAUAGUUCGUUUAGUUUGUGUGUGAAAUUUUAUAAUGGUUGUUUCAAGUGUGAUUUUUUGUAUCCUAUGAACUGUGCCCUUUCUUGACCAGGUUUAUGUAUUCUUUUUUUUUUUUUUUAGGUUGAACUGAUUAUCCUCAUGUAUCAAUCACAAGUAUGUCAUUCCAGUCUAUCUGAUCUAUUGUCUAUUUUAAUUUUAAUAUUAUUGGUCAAAU